AUGUUGCUCUCCCAUCUCCGUGACACACCCCGCGAAGCCCGAGGCUGGCGGCUCUGGUUCAGCGCCUGGGCUGUGGGUGCCCUUGGUAUCUCGCGAGGUCUCGAUGAAGGUAUCAUCUCGGGUGUCCUCAAGCAGCACAGCUUCAUCAACACCUUUGGCUUUGACGACAACUCGCCGCAAGAGGCUACCAUUGCUUCGCAGCUCCAGCUGGGCUCGGUUGCUGGCUCUGCGAUUGCUUUCUUCCUCUGCGACCGUCUGGGCCGUCUGCGCACCUCGAUGCUCGCCUGUCUUCUCUGGAUCUUCGGCACUGCCAUCUGGAUGACCUCGGCUGGUGCUGAUGGCUCUCACCAGCCCGGCAACUACCACCAGCUUCUCGCUGGUCGUUUCAUCGCUGGUCUUGGUGUUGGUUUUACCCCCGUCGUCGCCCCCGUCUACCUUGCCGAGAUCGCCCCCAAGGCGAUCCGUGGUCUCUGUGUCUGCAUCUUCAGUGGUUCCGUCUACAUCGGAAUUCUUCUUGGUUACUGGUCCAACUACGGCACUGCCGUCAACAUGUCGGCCAACGACUCGAAGCAGUGGACGAUCCCCGCUAGUAUCAACUUUAUCUUCGCCGGUCUGACCUUUGUUGCCUGCUGCUUCGCCAAGGAAUCGCCUCGAUGGCUCAUCAAGCAGGGCCGCUACGAGGAGGGUCGCAAGGUGCUCAGCUACCUCCGCAACCUGGAUGAGGACCACCCUUUCAUCGUCAACGAGGUCGAGGUCAUGGAGCAGCAGAUCCACGCCGAGAAGCAGGCGCUCGAGGGCCUCAGCCUUCUGCAGGUCCUCAAGAAGCUCAUCACCAACAAGAACAACCAGUACAUUCUUUUCCUCGGUCUCGGUAUCCAGGUCCUCGGUCAGCUCAGCGGUGGUGGUGUCUACACUGUGUUCGCUCCCAAGAUCUUUGGUCUCCUCGGCGUUCCUGGUGGAUACAAGACCAAGCUCUUCACCACGGGUGUCUUCGGUAUUGUCAAGCUCGUCAGUUCGCUCGCUGCCGCCUUCUUCCUGGUCGACUUGCUUGGUCGUAAGACGGCUGUCACUAUUGGUCUGUUGCUGCAGAGCAUUUGCUCCCUCUACCUUGCUCUCUUCCUCAAGUUCACCGUCGGCGUUACCAAGGCCAACGAGACGCACUCGGACAAGUCGGCUGCCACCGGUGCCAUCUUCUUCUUCUACCUCUCCGGUCUCGCUUGGGCCAUCGGUGUCAACUCGGUGCAGUACCUCACGCAGACCGAGAUGUUCGACAUCACCGUCCGUGCGCUCGGUGUCGCCAUCGUGUCGCUGGUUCACUUUGCCAUGCAGUACGCUGCCACGCGAACGCUCAACCCCAUGCUCAAUGCGUGGGGCAACUUUGGCACCUUCCUCUUCUACGCCAUGAUUGCGCUCACCGGCUGCCUGUUCGUCUUCUUCUUCAUGCCCGAGACCGCCGGCAUGCAGCUCGAGGACAUCCACAAGCUGUUCGAGAAGCCGUGGCACUCGAUCGGCUGGACUCAGAACCGCCCCGUCAACAGGCAGAAGGCCACCUCCACCGACGUGCUCGCCGAGGAGGCCCAGAUCGCCAACGACCUCUCGUACGACGACCAGCAGAAGAAGUCGCUCGACGACGCCGACGACAAGAAGCACUAG